AUGAAUGCCGUCAGACCACUGCUUGCUUGCUUGCUUGCUUGCUUGCUUGUUCCUCGAGCGUGUCCCGUGUGCCAGACUUCGACGUAUUUCUUGCUAGGCAGUAGAACGGACAGGCAGUUCAACCGCCCAGAAGCCGCAGGGGAGCUCGGGCGUGAGGCCGUCUUAUUCAUCGCCCCGGAUGACGACAGAGAACUCGCUCCAGCACCCAUGGAGUCGUCUGGUUGUGAAUCAGACGCGCUGUUGCUCGAAUCUUCUCGGAUUCUGCCGCCCACCAAUCCUGUAUCCGCACGGGAAGGUCGCGCGUACAUUUCGACGCUGCGGCAUUGGUGGAUUGCCCUGGUGCAAGAGCUCGAGGCUCAGGGCCGCCCGGUGAGCCAGUUGACGGAGGCGCGCGGCCAGCAGUUCCUCGCCCUCUGCCGGAGGACCCUAACUUACCAGCGGGAACCAGACGAGGACUGGCGUGGCAACCUCUGUUUCCUACAGCGUGAACUCGAAGUCCUCCGGUUCCGCCUCGCCAGGGAGGCCGAGUUCCAUCCCGUCAUCCGACGCCUCGAAGCAAUGUGGGAGGCGUCGGCGCGGCAACUGUGCGACCGCGGCCGGCGGCUACUCGGGCUGCGGGUGCGUGAGCGGGACUGGGACAAUGUUGGCUCGUGGCGCACGAGCGAGCCCUUGCCCCCAUGCCCCGACAACAUCGACGAGGGCACCUGGGAGCUCGUUUUAACCGCGCCGUGGUCCGAGAUCAGCCGGCGCCUCCGGAUGGAGUGUUGGUCUCUGACUCGGCUCCUAUGGCUCGCGGCGAGGUUCGCGCCACUUCCGUUCCAGCGCAUCCGGGAGCACAUCGACGGCUAG